CCUUGCUACUGACUUUACUAUUGCCGUAUCUAACGGAGGGACUUUCAAAACGAUUUAUGAUAAUGCUACGGACUCACGACCUAUGCCAGGGAUCUUCCUGUCAUCAAAAGGGCAACAUUUAAGGAUACAACAAAUGAAUGGUUCCUCUCACUUUACUGUGUGUGAAAUCCAAGUGUUUGCACGUUCUAUGCAAGACAGACUUACGGGUGUUUGUACUUCAGGCUGUGUUAACAGGUGGACGGGCAAGGACGGCAUGUGCAACAAAAAUUGUAGCAUCAGCAUGUGGGGGGAGGAAUGCGAACACCCAUGUGGUCAGUGUUCCAACGGAGCUCCGUGCAACGUAAGCAAUGGACACUGCAAGACAUGUGCAGCGGGCUAUAAACAUACUCAAAAUUGUACAGAUGAAUGCGAAGAUGGAAGGUAUGGACCCAAUUGUAAUAGUAUUUGCAGUCUUAAUUGCGUCCAUACGUGUAGCAAACUAGACGGCACUUGUAAAUAUUGUAAAGCAGGGUACACAGGCAAAAUGUGCGACAAAGAAUGCGAAAAUGGAACGUAUGGCACUAAUUGCUCAAAACCGUGUGGACACUGCGUUGCAGGGUGUGACAAGAAAGAAGGUUCUUGCUUGGGUGGCUGUUUACCCGGUUUUACAGGCGAUACCUGUCAAGCCAUUGGAGGACAAGCGGAGCAUAAUGCAAAUGGAUUCGUAAUCGGCGGGAGCGUUGGGAUUGUUCUUCUUAUCGCUGUCGGCUUUGUCAUCUCUGUGAUAUAUAUAAGGCGAAGGAAGGUCAAACCAAUCAGACGACGGAAAGCAAGAUCGAAUGAUAUAAAUGGAACUGAAGCUGACCAAUCUGUUACGAACAUGGAUGGGGAAAACAAUGUUUACAUCAACACCGCUGCUGUUCAGCAGACGAGCACUGCACACGACAUCGGCGAUGCAACAUGUAUGGCCUCUGGUGCUGAUUACAUAACAGCAUUUGAUGAACCGGGUGAAUAUUACAAUACAGAAGCUUUCCAUAGAAAGGUGAACCAUUCUAUCAGUCCCAUUGCUGUCCGUGAACUUACGGGGUAUUUGAAUGUACACUACAAUGAUAUUAGCUUCUUCGAGAGGACCUUUCAGGAAAUCCCUUCUGGUUUACAGUUCCCUGCAACAGCGGCAAAACGUUUCGAAAAUAUAGGCAAAAAUCGAUAUAAGGGAUUAUAUGCAUACGACCACUCCAGAGUUGUUCUACAAGCCGAAACUAGUGCAAAUAUCAAUUACAUCAAUGCCUGCCAUAUCCAAGGAUAUCAAAAGAGAAAGACCUAUAUUGCGUCUCAGGGUCCUGUGGAAUCUAACAUGGAGGAUUUUUGGCAGAUGAUUUGGGAGCAAAACGUACAAACGGUUGUUAUGGUUACCAAUUUGGUUGAGGAAACAAAAAUGAAAUGUCUACACUAUUGGGGCGGAGGACUCAAGCAUCAGACGACUUAUGGCUACUUCGAAGUUACAUUGAUGAAAGAGGAAGUGUUUGCUGACUUCUGUAUAAGAACAGUUGGAUUUCACAGAACGACACAUCCAUCAGAACGCCGUAAACUGACCCAGUUUCACUACACAUCUUGGCCGGACAAAGACGUACCACAAAGUCCGAUAAGCCUUGUACACUUCUGGAGAAAAGUUAAACUUCGUGAUGGCCAAAGGAAACAUCCGUGGCUUGUGCAUUGCAGUGCGGGGAUAGGCAGAACAGGGACAUUCAUAGCCAUGGAUUAUCUAUACGACCAGGGAAGAGCGACAGGAGUUGUUGAUAUUGCACAGUGUGUCACAGAUUUGAGAGAGGACAGAGUUAACAUGGUGCAAACAGUGGGCCAAUACCGGCUCCUUCACCGGCUGAUGUUGGAAUUAUUCGUACUCCCAUUUGAACCAGUACGAAACGAGCUCAUUGACAAUACCUUUAGAGACAUGUCCCGCGUGGCACCCAAAUCAAAGUCUAGAAAAUCCAGAUUACGUCUUCAAUACGAGGACUUAGACAAAGGCCUUGAGAUGGAUAGUGUUGAUGACGACAUUGCUUGCACAAAUGCACUUUUACCUGACAAUAACAGCAAAAACAGAUUUGACCAUAUACUUCCAGCGGAUGAAUAUCGCCCAUUCCUACGCUGCCAAGUUCAGGGGAGAAACAACUACAUUAACGCAGUCUUUAUGCCGAGCUACACCAACCCAAAGGGGUUCAUCAUCAGCCAGUUGCCUCUUCCAAGUACAGCUGUCGACGUGUGCAGACUCAUUCUAGACGAGGAAAUCAAUAUUGUUGUUCAAUUUGAUGAUAGUGGGAAAGAAGAGAUUGGACGUUUCUUGCCUGAAAAUGAAGAAAAAAUGAAAAUAGACGCGUUUGAAAUCAGACGAGAACGAACGUCUUCAGUGCAAGAUUGUCAAAUAGAGACAGUCAGUCUAAAGCUGAAUUAUAAGACACGCACAUUCAAACACAUUCAGUUCAAGAAAUGGACUAGAAAUCGAUUGGUUCCCCCAGACAGCAGCUCUUUGUUGAAUCUUGUAAAAGAGGUGGAGGAACAGCAGUCUUCAGAAGAUGAUGAAGAUUCACCUAUUCUUGUGCUUUGUUUGAAUGGAGCAGAGAGGAGCGGUCUGUUUGUAGUGCUGAUGAACAUCUUGGAGAGAUGUCGAGUUGAUGGCGAAGUAUCCAUUCCACAGGUCAUCAGAUAUCUUCGGUCACGGAGAAAGCAGAUUGUCCCGAACUUGGAGCAGUAUGUGUAUUGCCAUAAUGUCACAACAAAGUACCUAGAGAGCAGUAUGACUUAUGCAAACUUGAAAUCUGCCAGAAGUGAUGCUUAAUUAAGAAGUAGACUAUAAAUUCAAAUGCCAGUGAUUUGCUAAGUGUUUACAUUUUAUUCCGCUUAAACAUCGCUGUUUGUUAAGUGUGUGCUAUGUUACAUAUAUGCAUUUUGUUAUAUUUGAUUUUGCACUGUAACAUGUAUUAUGGGCUGGAGGCCUUUCAUUGAAUAAACUUUCGUUCGAUAGCAAAAUGACGUAUUAAGGGACCCUUUAUAAUAAAGCAUUGUAUUGUAAUUCCGCAAUGCGAUAGGGAUUUUUAAAAAAGCCACUAUAUAUUUGUUGAUAAAGCGGGACUAAAGCAAGUGCCUUCGAACAGAAAUCGCUUUGUUUUAAGAAGCUUUUUUAUGCAAUUUUUAUCAUGGUUUUAAUAAGUAUAACUGUAAUCCACUUCGUAUAAUACCUCUUAUGUACAUGUUUCAUACUUUUCUUAAAAUACUAUAAAUCUAUGCUGACGUUAAUGUUUUUUAUUUUA